CCCUUUUCCACUUUUUAGCUCACUUUUCCCAACUCAAAAUAUCUUCACUUAACCCCCAAAACCAAAACCCGACCCGAUCCAGACCAUGUCAGGAGCUCCCACCGCCGCUUCCUCCGGAAACCACAGCCUCCAUCUCCCGACUCCAACCCUCGACGCGGAGUCGCAAUCCCUGCUGCAGUCGAUCUCCGCUCAAGGCGGUUACGCCUAUGCUCGCAUGGCGGCGCUAGCAGUCGCCGGCGACCAAAGCGCGGCGGAGGCGGCGCGUGAUAUGGCCUGGGAGCAGCUUCACUCCGGUCCCUGGCACUCUGUUCUCCCCGUCUGGCGCGACGCUUACUCGAUGGCUUGUCUCCACGUCGCCAAGUUCCAUUUCGCCGCCGGCGAGUUUGGGGAAGCUCUCGGCGCGCUCGAUAUGGGUCUCAUCAUGGGAGGGACGCUUCUCCGCAAGGACCUCCACGACUCUGUGCUCUUGGUCUCCUCUGAAGCUCGUAAGAUGGCUAAGAGCCUCGGAGAUUUCAAGGGUGAGAAGUUGGUCCCUGAAGUUCCCGUCGAUGUCAAUGAGGUGCUAAAGAUUCUACCUUUGAGGUCAUUGACUAGUGGAAGGGUAGAGAAGAGGUGUGAUUUAUCUAUGGAGGGGUUUCUUCGUGAUUAUUUUCAGACAGGUACACCUGUUGUUAUAACCAAUUGUAUGGCUCAUUGGCCAGCUAGGACCAAGUGGAACCACUUGGACUAUCUCACUUCUGUUGCUGGUAACCGUACCGUUCCCGUCGAGGUGGGGAAAAACUAUUUGUGUUCAGAUUGGAAGCAAGAGCUUGUGACUUUUUCCAAGUUCCUUGAACGGAUGAGGACCAAUAGAUCCACCUCCGUGGAACCUACUUAUCUUGCUCAGCAUCCGUUGUUUGAUCAGAUAAAUGAACUGAGAGAUGAUAUAUGUAUUCCUGAUUACUGUUUUGUCGGUGGAGGGGAUCUCCAAUCCCUUAAUGCUUGGUUUGGUCCGGCUGGGACAGUUACUCCUUUACACCAUGAUCCACAUCAUAAUAUACUUGCUCAGGUUGUUGGCAAGAAGUAUGUAAGGCUUUACCCAUCCUCGUUGCAAGACGAACUUUACCCUUAUUCUGAGACAAUGCUUUGCAACUCUAGCCAGGUUGAUCUUGACAACAUCGACAAGAACGAGUUUCCAAAGGCGGUGGAGCUAGAGUUUAUGGAUUGUAUCCUAGAGGAAGGAGAAAUGCUGUACAUCCCUCCCAAAUGGUGGCACUAUGUCAGGUCUUUAACAAUGAGUUUCUCGGUUAGCUUCUGGUGGAGCAAUGAAGCAGAGUCCUCUGAUUCUUAGCAAAUGGAGUAUUUUUAAUCUCUGUUUCUGGUUUGUUCACUCUGUCUUUUACGUUAAUUAUGUUAGAUCUGAAAAGUAAGUAGAGAAGAAAACAAUUGCUCUGAGACUGAGCAUGAAGAUGUUUGUUUUGUCUAAGCCUAUGUUGUAAAAGACAAUUGAGAGCUUUUAAGUCUUAACACAGACAUUUUUGUGUG